AUGGCCGCUCGAACAUUGGACCGAAUGCGCAAGGCUCAGUCCCUUAUCCGCGAAUGCCAUAGCUGGCUUUUGGAAAAUGAUGAGAUCCUGCUGGCAGUUGAGUUGUGCAAUAUAGAAGGCAGGCUCGCACUUCUCUUCGAGAACAGAUAUUUCCUUAAUACUCCCUGCCCUGGACUUCGAGACGAGCAGCUUCCCCGCCUUCCUCCAUCCAGUGGCCUCAGACACAGAACCCCCCGCGAGCCCUACAAUGGCGGCCGCAGACCUCAUCAGAUCAACAGGAGCAGGACUGAAGCCCCUGCAAGUCGCGCUAGUGGCGGACAAAAUCCCCAGGCUCGGACAACAAUAACAACAAGUAGAUCUAGAGCCAUAGCGAGCAAGUCAACCUGCCCUGAUGCCGUCCUAAAAGCCCCUCGAGUUCGAGCUGCCGCGACAGGAGCAUCGCCGCCAACUGGCGUGCUCUUGGAUUUUGACGACGACGUGGAAUUAGUCCAACUGCCCCCAAAUAUGGUACCAGAAAUGGAAGCAGCAAAUUCAGGCCAUAUCGGAUCAAAGGAAACGCAGCACUUGCCAGAGGAGCCCGCUGCUGUAGGCAGCGAUGAAUCCCUCCACCAAACCAUUGCUACUGCGGCUGAUGCCGCCUUAUCAGGUCCGGACUCCGCCGUUGGCAACUACUGCUCUCCUCCGGUGGUUGAAGAAGGCGUUGUCACAGUCACAGUCCCAGUCCCAGUCCCAGUCCCAGUCCCAGUCCCAGUCCCCUCCCAGCCACAGCCACCAGGUUCGCCUGCGUGCGACUCCCUUGAGGGCGGGUCACCUUGUACACAAGCACAAGAGCAGGCGAAUGGGAUGACCGAGAGCCAAAAAGGCGAUUCCAUUGAGGAGUUCCCUGUGUUGACCAGCACAGGAGGUUUCACCGAGGACGUGUUGGUUGAUCUUGACGACGAUUUGGCUGUCAUCCUUCCAGGUGGAGCCGACACAGAUACCAACAGAAAUACUCAUCUAGAAGAAAAUGAUGUUCUUUCAGGUGACCUUGAUCGCCGGGCUGGCCAAAAUCCUCAACCCGAGGACUUGGAAGACGACGAUGUCGUUUUCCAGGGAAAUGCAGCGAAGAGCAUUCGCCCGGACUUUAAGGCCUUGUUUGUCAGUUCUGAUGAUGACUCUCAGACCUCUCGUCGUCCUAUUGAUCUGAGGGCAAUUUUCGAGAAAUAUUCCGAGGUGAUCAUUUGCAAGUGA